AUGCAGGCACCAGGUGAGGCAGAAGCACAGUGCGCAUCACUUUGUAAGAACCAUAAGGCACAUGCUGUCGCUUCAGAGGAUAUGGACACACUGACUUUCGGUGCUCCAAGGUUUCUUCGCCAUGUAACUGACCUUAGUUUUAAGAAAUCUCCUGUAACAGAGUUUGAAGUGCCAAAGGUUUUGGAGGAACUUGGACUAACAAUGGGUCAGUUCAUCGACUUAUGUAUUCUUAGUGGAUGUGACUACUGCGAGAAUAUUAAAGGUAUUGGGGGACAAAGAGCCUUGAAACUCAUACGUCAGCAUGGUUGCAUAGAAGAAGUUGUGCAAAAUCUUCACAAGAGGUACACUGUUCCAGAAGAUUGGCCUUACCAGGAAGUUCGGACCUUGUUUAAGCAACCUAAUGUUUGUACAGAAAUUCCAGAUUUCCAGUGGACCUCAGCAGACAAAGAGGGCCUUGUGAAUUUUCUGGCAUUUGAAAACAGUUUCAGUUCUGAUCGAGUGGAAAAGGCAGUAGAAAAGAUAAAGGCUGCUAGCGAUAAAUAUUCCCCAGCAGGGCGAGCGAAGCUUUUGACACCAGUAGCUAACCUAUCAGGAUCUACAGAGAAGGAAUCCAAGUGCGUUUUAGGUGCUUCAGGACAAGGUCUGAGGAGCAGGACUGCUAUACAAGUAUGCAGUAGCUCAAGCUCUGGUUUCAGAUAUGGUAGUUCUAGUUCAAAGCCAUUGGUGCUGGGAAGGCAAUCAGGAGUUCAUGUGAAGCCUCCCACCUUUUCUUUCAUCUAA